AUGUCUACGCCAGCCAAACGAAGACUCAUGCGAGACUUUAAGCGUAUGCAACAAGAUGCUCCGAGCGGAGUCUCAGCUUCGCCCCUCCCUGACAACGUUAUGAGUUGGAAUGCAGUGAUUAUAGGUCCUGCUGAUACCCCGUAUGAGGACGGUACAUUCAGACUUAUACUUCAGUUUGAUGAGCAGUACCCCAACAAGCCACCACUGGUGAAGUUCAUCAGUGAAAUGUUCCACCCAAAUGUUUACGCAAGUGGUGAAUUGUGUUUGGAUAUUCUCCAAAAUAGAUGGUCGCCUACUUACGAUGUUUCCUCUAUUUUGACGUCGAUCCAGUCGUUGUUGAACGAUCCAAAUAUUUCGUCUCCUGCCAAUGUAGAAGCUGCUAACUUGUACAAAGACCACCGUUCGCAGUAUAUCAAGCGGGUUCGAGAGACAGUUGAGACCUCGUGGAAUGAAGACGAAGAUGAAGAAGAUGAAGAUUAG